CUUUGGGUUAUGUCUUUCUUAGGAACUGUCAACCUAUGAAAAUUUGUCGGUUAAUUAAGUUAACUACAUUAGAUCUUAGUAUAUCAAUAUUUAGCCAAGGCUAAUUAAUUAUUUCAAAACUGACUGUAAGUUAAACUUAAUUAUUUCAUGCUGUGAAUUCAAUAAACAGUUCAUCGCCCUUUGGAUUGUAGGCCUACCUUUAAAAUUUGUAUGAAAAUGGGAUCUUCGGAUGAAGAAGUUGAUUACAUGUCUGAUGCAUUUCUUCAAAGUAUAUGUGGGAAAGAGGAUAUCAGACCUGGGCUAAUUAAAAGCCACGCUCAGAAGUACGCCCACAAAAGAGAAGCAAAUAAAAGUGAAUGUGAUGAGAAAAAUCGUAUUCGCAAUCCGUCUCUAAAGGAAAAAGAAUCAUCUCACAGGGAAAGUGGACUCAGCAAGCCAAUCGAUCCAGAAAACAAAGGCUUCAAAAUGCUACAAAAACUAGGUUUUAAACCAGGAAGUGGAUUGGGAAAAUCAGGGGAAGGUCGUGUGGAGCCAGUUUCAGUUGAAGUCAAAGCUGACAGGCAGGGUCUUGGCAGGAAGUCUUCUUUGGAAGAGAUUGCCCGGCUACGAGCUAAAUACAGAGCUGAAGCUAAAGAAAAGCUCCUCAACAUCAAUGACUACAGAUCAAGGAAAGCUGAAGAAGCUGCCGAAAGGAAAGCAUCUCUUGAUCUAUUCAAAAGUCAGCGAGUUUGUUGGGAGUUGGAUACCAAAGAAUCAAUUGAAGAGCCAGCAGAACUUUGGUUUUGGCCUGCAAAUAAAGUCCCCAAAGUGCUUGAAGAAGAUUUAGAAGAAGAAAAGGAAGAUGAGGGUGCUGAAAUUAACCAACAAACAUCGUCCACCAAAGAAGACGAGACUAUGGACCACAGCUCUCCGGAGGAAGAUGAAGAUAGUGAUGUGGCUUGUGAAGAUGAUACCUUCUCUGUUCAAGAGAAACUGGAGAUGCUCACACUCUACCUGAGACAGACCUACUUGUACUGUGUCUGGUGCGGCCAUACUUUUGAAGACGAGAGAGACUUACAGCAAGAUUGUCCAGGUCCUCUUAGGGAAGACCAUUAAACUAGUCAAUAGUUAAGCUGUAAAUAUCUAGGUUUCUUUGUAAAUAACUCUUAAAUAUUAAGUACUUAUUAAAGACCAUUGGAA